CGGCGGCGGCGGCGGCACGCGCAUCUCCAGAGAGAGGACAGGGCAUCCGCAGAGCCGGAGACGCUUCUGCGCGGACCUGGAAUCACGCCAUGAGCCCACACCGUGUGUGAUGGAGGUGAUGUUUCUGUAGGACCCGCUACCGUAGACUGCUGUGAGGAGAAUCAUCAUCAUCAUCUUCACCAUGAAGCUGCUGUUUGUGGUCACCCUCUUAUGGCGCGAGGCGCUGUGUGGAUCUCCGAGCGUCCAGAUCGGGGGCCUGUUCCCGAGGGGUGCAGAUCAGGAGUACAGUGCGUUCAGAGUCGGCAUGGUUCAGUUUGGGAUGGCAGAUUUCAGACUGACUCCUCACAUAGAUAACCUGGAGGUGGCCAACAGCUUUGCUGUCACUAACUGCUUUUGUUCCCAGUUCUCUCGAGGCGUCUACGCCAUCUUUGGCUUCUACGACAAGAAGUCGGUGAACACCAUCACCUCCUUCUGUGAGACGCUUCAUGUCUCCUUCAUCACACCUUCUUUUCCAGCAGAGGGGAUGAAUCAGUUCGUUCUCCAGAUGAGGCCGGACAUCAAGGGCCCGCUGGUGUCAUUAGUGGAAUACUACAAAUGGGAAAAGUUUGCCUACCUGUACGACAGUGACAGAGGUCUUUCUACUCUUCAGGUCAUAUUGGACACUGCAGCAGAGAAGAAAUGGGUGGUCACAGCCAUAAAUGUAGGAAAUUUGAAGGAUGAGAGGAAGGACGAAGCAUACCGUUCGCUGUUUCAGGACCUGGAGAUCCGUAAAAAGCGACGCAUCAUCCUGGACUGUGAACAAGACAAAGUUAAAGACAUCAUGGAGCAGGUCAUCACUAUAGGCAGACAUGUGAAAGGAUACCACUACAUCAUCGCCAACCUGGGUUUCGUAGAUGGUGACCUCUCGAAGAUCCAGUAUGGAGGAGCGAAUGUGUCUGGGUUCCAGAUCGUAGACUUUGAUGAUCCUGUGGUGGCGAAGUUUGACCAGCGAUGGGAGGCUCUGGAGGAGAAGGAGUACCCUGGAGCUGACUCGCGGAUCAGAUAUACCUCAGCUCUCACCUACGACGCCGUCCAUGUGAUGACUGAGGCCUUCCGCUUCCUUCACAAGCAGAGGAUAGACAUGAGUCGUCGUGGCAACAAUGGGGACUGUCUGGCCAAUCCAGCAGUGCCGUGGGCACAGGGGGUGGAGAUUGAACGUGCCCUCAAACAGGUGCGUGUAGAUGGUUUAACUGGGAACAUUCAGUUUGACCAGUAUGGGAAGAGAGUCAACUACUCUGUGACCGUCAUGGAGCUGAAGAACAACGGACCUGUGAAGAUCGGCUAUUGGAAUGAAGUGGAUAAGAUGGUGGUGACCAAGUCAGACCUGUACCCUAACGACACCAUGGGAAUGGAAAACAAGACGGUCAUUGUUACAACUAUACUGGAAGCCCCCUAUGUCAUGCUGAAGAAAAAUGCUGAGCUGUUUCAAGACAAUGACCGUUAUGAAGGUUACUGCGUUGACCUGGCUGCGGAGAUUGCAAAGCACUGUGGUAUACGCUACCAGCUAAGGAUUGUGGGAGAUGGCAAAUACGGAGCUAGAGACGCAGAGACGAAGAUCUGGAAUGGUAUGGUUGGAGAGCUGGUGUAUGGGAAAGCAGACAUUGCAGUUGCUCCCCUGACGAUCACGCUUGUCCGUGAGGAGGUGAUCGAUUUCUCCAAACCCUUCAUGUCUCUGGGAAUCUCCAUCAUGAUCAAAAAACCACAGAAAUCCAAACCUGGAGUCUUCUCCUUUCUGGACCCGCUGGCCUAUGAAAUCUGGAUGUGCAUUGUCUUUGCCUAUAUAGGAGUUAGCGUUGUACUCUUUCUGGUAUCCAGAUUCAGCCCCUAUGAGUGGACUUUGGAGGAGCCGGAGGACGGAGCGUUGCCCCUAACAACCGAGUCCACUAAUGAGUUUGGGAUCUUUAACUCCCUCUGGUUCUCUUUGGGCGCUUUCAUGCGACAAGGUUGUGACAUCUCACCAAGAUCUCUGUCAGGUCGUAUAGUGGGGGGUGUGUGGUGGUUCUUCACUUUGAUCAUCAUCUCAUCAUACACGGCCAACCUGGCUGCCUUCCUGACCGUGGAGAGGAUGGUGUCUCCCAUCGAGAGUGCUGAGGACCUGGCUAAACAGACAGAGAUCGCAUAUGGCACCCUGGACUCUGGAUCCACCAAGGAGUUCUUCAGGCGCUCUAAAAUCGCCUUGUUUGACAAGAUGUGGCAGUACAUGAAGUCAGCAGAACCCUCCGUCUUCGUCAAGAAGACGUCAGAGGGUGUCCUGCGUGUCAGGAAGUCCAAAGGGAAGUACGCCUACCUGCUGGAGUCCACCAUGAAUGAGUACAUCGAGCAAAGGAAACCCUGUGACACCAUGAAAGUGGGAGGAAACCUGGACUCCAAGGGCUACGGCAUCGCCACGCCCAAAGGAUCACCAUUAAGAGUGCCAGUAAACCUUGCCGUAUUGAAACUGAAUGAGCAAGGGACCCUAGACAAGAUGAAAAACAAGUGGUGGUACGAUAAAGGAGAGUGUGGCUUCAAGGACUCCACCAAUAAGGAGAAGACCAGCGCUCUGUCUCUUAGUAAUGUAGCAGGGGUCUUCUACAUCCUGGUUGGAGGUCUGGGUCUGGCCAUGAUGGUGGCUCUGGUGGAGUUCUGCUACAAGAGUCGUGCUGAGGCCAAAAAAAUGAAGAUGAAAUUCACAGAUGCAAUGCGCUCCAAAGCUCGUCUGUCCAUCACAGGAUCGACCAGUGAGAAUGGCCGUGUCCCGGUGGCUUACCUCCGUCCAGGAUUACCCAUGAGCCUCAGCAUGACUGAUCUCUCCUGACCACACCUGAGUCAGUGCCUUACAGCCAGUCCAGACACAUAGUUCCUUCCCCUCUGAAAGUAAACGGAAACGCUUGUCAUCUUCUUCAGUGACACAUCACCAUCACUGAAGCCGAUCAGCCCUGAUUUUCAAUCUGGAGUUUAGCCAAUCACAUCUCUCUGAGGACUCCUGAUCUCACUCUGUACAUCUAGCCUAGAAAGACUGGACCAAUGUCGUCCGCACACCACUUGGCUGUCAGGCGUCAGCAAAGACCUGCCCACCUAUGGAGUGAAUCUCUUGACCAUCAGCGAGUGAUGGCUGCUCAUUUACAAAUUCAUGAAACACAAGCACAGGGGACAGUUUUCUAAACCAACAUGCAUCAUUGUUUAGUAGAUUUUUUGCCAUGGAGGCUCAUCUUGUAUAGAAUAUUAGGACAACAGUGAUGCUGACGUUAACGCAAUAACAGCAUUAACCUGGGAUGUGAUCAGGAAUCAUGGGUAUAAAGUGAGUGCAAGUGCUACGAACAAAAACUGACAUCCUGAAAAAUCACAUCCAUGAAAUAAUAGUAAU